UUGUUGUCUUGUGUAAUUAUUAAGCUACAAGCAAAGCGCAACCGCAACAGCUAAGCUCAGUGCCGACUCGGAGCCUUCAUGGCUAUUGAAAAUUAUAGAAAUUGGCGUAAUAAAGUCUGCCCGCUGGUAACUCGGCCAAAUCGCUGCCUCUUGGAUUAUGGGCAUAUCGGAGGAGGUCAAGCUGGAGGAACUACCGCAAGAAGCCAAGCUAGCACACCCACAUCCGGAUGCCGUGGCCGAACGUGGUGUGGCAUCCGCCUCAGUCACAGCUUCUGGUGCGGUGCCCAGCGGCGCCAGCGGCGGCACCAACAGCCCCAUCUCGGAUCCCAACAGCGAUUGCGAGGCGGAUGAGUAUGCGCCGAAGCGCAAGCAGCGCCGUUAUAGAACGACCUUUACCAGCUUUCAGCUGGAGGAGCUGGAGAAGGCCUUCUCGCGCACCCAUUACCCCGACGUAUUUACGAGAGAAGAGCUGGCGAUGAAAAUUGGAUUAACCGAGGCGCGGAUUCAGGUCUGGUUCCAGAAUCGACGCGCCAAGUGGCGCAAGCAGGAGAAGGUUGGACCGCAGUCACAUCCAUACAAUCCGUAUCUGCCGAGCGGCGCCGCCAGCAUGCAGCAAGUGGUGGGUGCCGCCCUGCCGCCCAAUCCAUUUACCCAUUUGGGCUUCCAGCUGCGCAAGCCAUUCGAUGCGCCCGCCAAUUUGGCUGCCUUUCGCUAUCCGCACUUGUCGGCGGCACCAAUGAUACCAUCCGGCUACUUCAAUCAGUUCCAGCGUGCACCGCCGCACAUGCUGCCGCCGGGCAUGGCGUCCAUGUAUUCGCCCUCGAGCUCCUUUCAGUCGCUGCUGGCCAAUAUGACGGCUGUGCCGCAUGGCCGUGCGCCGCCCAUGCCCGCUCUGGCCGCCAAGCCGCCCAUGCUGGUCGGCUCACCGGAUCUGCAUUCGCCCAAUAAUCAUAUGCUGGCCUCGCCGCCCAACUCGCCCAGCUCACAGCUGUCGCAAUCGCAGUCGCAGUCGCAGCCGCCGCCGACGGGCCAGCUAUCGCCACAGCAGCUGGUUGGCAUCUCGCUGACGCAUCAGGCGCCGCCGGCCGGCUCGCCCACACAGACGGCGCCCGUCGCUUUGACCUUGGCCCACGGCCAUGGGCACUCGCCGCAACGGCAGCUGGCGCCGCCGCCAACGCGUGCCGCCACGCCGCCCGAGGAUCGACGCACCUCGUCCAUAGCCGCACUGCGGCUGAAGGCGCGCGAACACGAACUGAAGCUGGAGCUGCUGCGUCAGAAUGGCCACAGCGGCGAUGUGGUCAGCUAGCCAAGCAGCUAUCGUACAAUCCAAUUGGUUAACUGUAGUCCUAAGCUCCUAAGUUAUUCGAAAGCGGACCUUGCAUUUUAUGUUUGUAACAGAAUUCACGGAAUUUCCAUUAAUAAAACCAAGCACAGACGU